AUGUUAAAAGCUAAACGAAAACGUGCAAAUGCAAAUCAACUUAAAGUAUUGAAUCAAGUGUUUCAACACACUUUUUUCCCUUCAACUGAACUACGUAUUCAAUUAGGUAAACAACUUGGUAUGUCUCCUCGUACCGUACAAAUUUGGUUCCAAAAUAAACGUCAGAGCUGGCGUAGUAAGUCAAGAGGUUCAAAUAACAACAGCAGUAACGGCAGUAAUAAUCAUAAAGAUGGUGAAGAGGAUGAAGAAGAUUCAUCUACAACUGCUACAACAAACCAAAACCAACCUCAACAUGAUUAUUAUACUCGUAAUAAUGUAAUAGAUUAUUAUCGUCCAUCUUCAUCUCAUAACAAUCAAUCUAUUAGCCCAAUUCAUAACCAUAGUGGUAAUGGUAGUAACAGUAGCAGCGAAAGACUUCCAGGUUUUGCAUCUACAUUUGCUAACGCUUCCAAUACAUCUG